CUGAGUGUGUGUAGCGGGUUGCGGAGAGAGAGAGAGAGAGAGAGAGAGAGAGGAAUGCUGAAAGUUAUAUAACAAUGAGGUAACUGAACUCACUGCUCCAAAACCACCUUACAUAUCUCGACAAAGACACUCACGUAUAAACAAAGAAUGGAUUCAUCAAUAUAUAACUCUACUCUUCUUCUCUCCUCUCCGUCGCAAACAAUGUCACAGUUCCCUCUUUUCAAGCUUCAAUUUUUCACUACCAUGGACACGGCAACAAACUUGUUCCAUUUCUUGCCUUUCUUGGUUUUGUUGGUAUGGAUGCUCGUAGACUUACUGAAGCCAAGGAGGGUCUUCCCCGCGCAACAAGAAGCUGGAGUCUUGCCGGAGAUUAUAGUUCUAUUUAACAUUCUAAUUUUAACACUUUACCUUGGUUCUCUUGCUUUUAAAGUUUGGAAGAUUGAAGCCAUUCCCAUGGACCCUCUCUUCAUCUCUCUUUCCUGGAUUCUUGUAACUUUUUUCACCAUUUACACUAAGAGAAAAGCCAAAACAGAGAGUAGUGGCUGGCCCAAUGUUCUUGUGUCUUGGUGGGUUCUUUCCGGAAUUUUCCAGUUCUUUUCCAUAAUCACUUACCUCACCAACCACUUCAAGCUGUCGGCUUUACCCAGCUUCUUUCCAGCUGCUACUGUUGCCGAUAUUGCGUCUUUUCCUUUAUCUGUCUUCCUCUGUAUAGGUGCUUUUAUUAUGAACUUCCGGAGAGUUUCCAGCGGGCUAGAGCAACCUAUACUGCUUGAUGAUUAUGAAAAUGAAGAAGUCUCGAGACGAGUGUUUUCCAUUGCUGGAAUCUGGAGCAAGUUAACCUUUCGAUGGCUGAAUCCCGUCUUUGAAAAGGGUUGGUUACAGAGACUGGAGCUCCACCACGUUCCCCAACUACCCAAAUCAGAGACCGCAGAAACUGCAUACUCGUUGCUUCAGGAAUCGCUCCGCAAAGAAAAACCAGAAUUCUCGACGCUUACUAGAGCAAUUAUGAAUUUUAUAUGGAAACCUCUGGCCAUUAAUGCUGUUCUUGCUGGCUUGAACACACUUGCUUCCUAUCUGUGUCUUUACCUGAUAACAAACUUUGUUGACUAUCUAUCCAAAGUGGAUGAGAAGCGCAGCCAUGUCCAUGGUUACAUGCUUGCAUUCAUAUUCUUCUUUGCCAAAAUGGUGGAGUCUCUGUCUCAGAGGCACUGCUACUUUGGAGCUCGCCAAAUUGGUGUUCGAGUUCGGGCGGCACUAAUGGUGUCCCUUUAUAAGAAGGCCCUAACGAUCAAGUACUCAAGGAUGAGCAGUGCAAAAAUGCUAAAUUUUCUUGAUGUAGAUGUGGAAAGGAUUGGAGACUUCUUCUGGUACAUCAACGGCAUUUGGCUGCUACCCGUUCAGGUCAGCCUAGCUCUCGUUAUUCUUUACAGGAAUCUUGGUGUUGCAGCAUCAGUCACCACGCUAGUCACAACAGUAAUGAUAAUGGUGAGCAACACCCCACUAGCCAAAUCACAAGAGAAGCUUCACUCCAAGAUUUUAGAAGCUAAGGAUGCCAGAAUCAAGGCAACAUCAGAGACAUUAAAUUGUAUUAGGAUCCUGAAGCUUCACUCAUGGGAGGGUGCUUACUUGAAUAAGCUACUUCAUCUAAGAGACGUUGAAAGAAGCUGGUUGAAGAGAUAUCUCUACACUUGCUCUGCCAUUGCCUUUCUAUUCUGGGCAUCACCAACGUUGGUUUCCGUCGUUGCUUUUGGUGUCAGCAUCCUUGUCAAAAUUCCAUUGACACCAGGUACUGUUCUCUCUGCUCUUGCCACAUUUAGAAUACUUCAGGAUCCCAUCUACAACCUCCCAGAGCUCGUUUCAAUGGUUACUCAGACAAAAGUCUCAGUGGAUCGAAUUCAGGAUUUCAUUCGGGAUGACCAGAAAGAGAACCCAAAAUCAAACUAUAUCACUGAUCACUCAGAAGUGGUGGUCGAGAUUGAGCCUGGGGAGUACAGUUGGCAACCAGAUUUGAGCUCAAGAAAGCCAGCGGUCAAGUUAGACAGGAAGCUUAAGAUAAUGAGAGGGGAAAAGAUAGCAGUGUGUGGAUCAGUUGGAUCAGGAAAAUCUAGCUUCCUCAGUAGUUUAAUAGGAGAGAUUCCAAGGCUUUCAGGUGUAGGGAGCAAGGUGUUUGGCUCGAAAGCUUAUGUACCUCAGAGCGCUUGGAUUCAAACAGGAACAAUAAUUCAGAAUGUUUUGUUUGGAAAGGAGAUGGAAAGUUCAUGGUAUAAAGAAGUGAUUGAAGGGUGCGCGUUGGAUAGGGACAUUAAGUUAUGGGCUGAUGGGAACUUGACUGUCGUGGGGGAGAGGGGUAUGAACCUCAGUGGAGGCCAGAAGCAAAGAAUUCAAAUGGCAAGAGCUAUAUACAGCAACUCGAACGUUUUUUUGCUUGAUGACCCUUUCAGUGCUGUCGAUGCUCACACUGGAGCACAUCUAUUCAAGGAAUGUCUGACGCAACUACUGUCCUGUAAAACCGUCAUCUAUGUCACACAUCAGUUGGAGUUUUUAGAUGCUGCUGACCUUAUUCUGGUAAUGAAAGAUGGAAAGAUCAUACAGUCGGGAAAGUAUGAAGAGUUGAUUGCCAAUGUCGAUGGUGAGCUUGUGCGACUAAUGGCAGCACAUAAGAAGUCGCUCUACCAAGUGAGUUCACAUAAGAAGCAUAAUAAUGUUGCAACAAGCAAACGGCCUAUGAACAUAAAUGUGGAGCUAACAGAAGAGAAACCAUACAGUCAGAUUAGAAAUAGUGAGCUCUUGGAAAGGAUUAAUGAGGAAGAAAGGGAAUCUGGACGGGUCAAAUGCAGCGUUUACAACACAUUCGUAACCUUAGCUUAUAAGGGAGCUCUAGUUCCAGUAAUUCUACUUUGUCAAGUUCUCUUCCAGGGACUGCAGAUGGCUAGCAAUUACUGGAUUGCGUGGGCAACUGACAAGGAAGAUAGAAUAAGCAGGGGAAGAUUGAUUGGAAUGUUUGUUCUGGUAUCUGCUGGUAGCUCUCUUUUUGUGUUGGGGAGGGCAGUAUUGCUGGCAACAAUAGCAAUUGAGACAGCACAAAGUCUUUUCCUUAGAAUGACUAAAACACUCUUCCGGGCCUCUAUCUUCUUUUUCAAUUCAACACCUUCAAGUCGAAUCAUUAAUAGGUCUUCUACAGACCAAAGCACAGUGGAUACUGACAUUCCAUACAGACUUGCUGGAUUGGUAUUUGCACUUGUGCAGCUUCUAUGCAUCAUAGUUCUCAUGUCCCAAAUUGCCUGGACAGUAUUCAUUCUUUUUAUUUUUGUACUUGUAAUCUCCAUGUUGUACCAGAAUUACUACAUCAGCUCAGCUAGAGAACUGGCAAGAAUGGCUGGUAUUAGAAAAGCUCCGAUUCUUCACCAUUUCUCAGAAACUAUAGCUGGUGCUCCAACCAUCCGAUGCUUCAAUCAACAGGACCGCUUUCUCGCAAAGAACCUUUAUUUGGUUGAUGACUAUUCUCGCAUUACUUUUCACAAUUCUGCCGCCAUGGAAUGGCUCUGCCUUCGAAUUAACUUUUUCUUCAACCUUGUUUUCUUCAUCGCACUCAUGAUGUUGGUGUCUAUGCCUAGGAGCGCAAUUGAUCCCAGCCUUGCAGGGCUUGCAGUCACCUAUGGCUUAAAUCUAAAUGUACUGCAAGCUUGGGUGAUAUGGAACCUGUGCAAUGUGGAGAACAAGAUGAUAUCCGUAGAGAGAAUACUGCAGUUUUGCACCAUAACUUGUGAAGCCCCAUUGGUUAUUGAGAACAACAGACCAGAGCUAGAAUGGCCCAGAUAUGGAACCAUAGAGCUUGAAAACCUUCAUGUUCAGUAUAACACAGGCCUUCCUAUGGUCCUAAAAGGCAUUAGCUGCGUAAUUCCAGGAGAGAAAAAAAUUGGAGUUGUUGGCCGAACAGGAAGUGGAAAAUCAACACUAAUACAAGCUCUUUUCAGAAUUGUAGAACCAUCUUUAGGGAGAAUAAUAAUUGACGGCAUAGAUGUUUGCAGUAUUGGAUUGUAUGAUUUGAGGUCCCGGCUAAGUAUAAUUCCACAAGAUCCAACAUUGUUCCAAGGAACAGUGAGGACAAAUUUGGAUCCUUUACAAGAGCAUUCAGAUUUUGAAAUCUGGGAGGCUCUGCGCAAGUGCCAGCUUGUGGAAAUCGUUAAGCAAGACUACAGACUGCUAGAUGCGCCAGUUGCAGAAGACGGAGAAAAUUGGAGUGUGGGGCAGAGACAACUUGCCUGCCUUGUGAGGGUUUUGCUAAAGAAUAGAAAGAUUCUUGUUUUAGAUGAGGCUACAGCAUCUGUGGACACUGCAACAGAUAAUUUUAUUCAGAAGACCAUAAGAGAAGAAACUGGCCGCUGCACUGUAAUCACAGUGGCACACAGAAUCCUCACUGUAAUUGACAGUGAUCUAGUUAUGGUGCUCAAUGAAGGAAAAAUUUUGGAGUUCGGUUCGCCUAGUGAGCUUCUCAAAGAUAAAUCAUCAGCCUUUUCUCAGCUGGCAUUGGAGUUCUUAGGAAGGUCUAAAAGUAACCAGGAUGAGUUCACUUGAAAGGAUGGAAAAAA